GGUCCCUCAGCUCGCCCGCCGGUCCCUCAGCUCGCCCACCCGGUCCUUCAGCUCGCCCACCCGGUCCUUCAGCUCGCCCACCCGGUCCUUCAGCUCGCCCAUCGCUCCUUCAGCUCGCCCACCCGGUCCUUCAGCUCGCCCGGCGCGAUGUCUUCAGGCCGCGUGAUGGCCCUGUGGGGAACGUGUUCCGCCUAGCCAGCUGAGCCCAGGUGUCCCAGCGGAUUUCAGCUCUUCUGCCCAUGGCCUCCCGCUCCAGUUGACAAGCCCAGCAAGCCACCCAGCACACCCUAAAACAUCCCUGGGCUCUCGCUGAGCCAUGGAGGGCCCCGACGUGCCGGUGGGGUCCUUGAUCGACUUCGGAGAGGAGUUGCCCACUCCCACGGUCCUGGGGUCCCCACCCCUGAACCCCAUUAGCGGGGGCGGAUCCCUGGGAGAUGCGGCUUCCGAGAGCGAUGCCACGGAAUCUGCGGACAGCGAGAACGACAUGGGAGACUCCUCCAUGCACCCCAGCUGGGAUCGUUACCACCGUUCGUCAUCCAACGACUCCUUCUCCUCCAAUCAGAGCACGGAGUCAGCCCAGGACGAGGAGACCCUGGGGCUCCGGGAGUUCAUGAGGCACUACGUCGAGAAGGUCUUCUCUGGGGUUGAGGACCUGGACCAGGAAGAGAAAGCCAAGUUUGGGGAGCUGUGCAGCAGUGAAAAUGGGAAAGGCCGGGAAUGGUUUGCCCGCUAUGUGAGCGCUCAGCGCUGCAAUUCCAAGUGCGUCUCAGAGCAGACCUUCUAUCGGCUGGUCCAGUCCUUCGCUGUGGUGCUGUUUGAGUGUCACCAGAUGGAUGACUUUGGCCCAGCUAAGAAUCUAAUGACCAUGUGUUUCACCUACUACCACAUCGGUAAAGCUCACAUGCAGCCCCCGGAGUCCAAGGAAAAGCCCACCGGCAGCAUUGAUUCAUACCUGAAGUCAGCCAAUAGCUGGCUAGCUGAGAAGAAGGACAUUGCGGAACGGCUCCUGAAGAAUACGUCAGCUAAGACUGAGAACAUGAAGGGCUUCUUUGGGGGCCUGGAAACCAAGCUGAAGGGACCCCUGGCCAAGAAAAAUGAGGAAGAUGAAGACCGAACAAAGGAGAAGCCUCAGAAGACUGUGACCAUGGACAGCCUGGAAGAGGAGAAGAAGGGGGAGAAGAUCUACCUGUACACACACCUGAAGCAGCAGCCCAUCUGGCACACUCUGAGGUUCUGGAAUGCGGCUUUUUUUGAUGCCGUCCAUUGCGAGAGAAGGAAGCGGUCUCCCACGACCAGAGGGAAUGCUGGAGAGGAAGAGGAAAAGAGGGAGAAGUGGUGUCACAUGACUCAAGAGGAGCGCGACGACAGCCUCCGGUUCAAUGAGAACAUCACCUUUGGUCAGCUUGGCACCUUCACUCACAACAUGCUGGCUUUCGGGCUGAACAAGAAGCUGUGCAAUGACUUUUUGAAGAAGCAGGCAGUGAUCGGCAAUCUGGAUGAAGAGCAAUACAAGCUACUCAGCGAUCACAUCGAGCAGAUGGCGCUGGAAUAGCCCCACCCCAGAUCACGUCCACAGCAUCUGGUGAAGGAGGAGUGGGGGUGGACCUUCUCCUCCCAGGCCAUCUGAAAUCGGCCAUCGGCUACUAGUGCCAUUGCAAUAAACCUGCAUGACUGUCAACAAGCCACCCUGUUCUGCCAGUAGAACUAGGAGUUCAGAGGAACUCUCCUGUUCUUCCCUGCCUUGCUGCUUCCUCCUAAACUCUUCCCCGCACCUUGUUUGUUAUUUGUGUACACACACACACACACACACCCCUUCCUCAUUCUGUGUAUAAGGCAUAGUUGACUCUUUACCUAGAGGAGUUUGGGACAGAGUAGGGAGGUUCCUAUGCAGGUGGUGCUCAUCUGGAAGGCUUCAGCCAGGGAGGCUGUAAUGGAGAUGUGGGGUCUGGACACCUGUGGAAACAUAGAUGGCUAACUCUCAAAAACCAGGAUUGGGAGAUUCAAUUUAGCACAGCAGGAAGGGCCAGGUCAGAGGUAAGCUUUUUAGCCCACUCCUUUGAUACAGCAAUCUCCACCCCUCUCUGGGAGCUAGAGAGGAGACUUCAUCAGCCAGUGAGUUCCGUGCUGCUUCAUCCCCUGGGGUCUUGGAUGAAGAUGCUGCUUCCUCCUCUGUGCCAUCUCUGACAACUGGUCAGAGAACCCCUGAGCCCUGCUUCCUUACCUGGUGCUCACCUUUGGCCUCCCUCUGUCCCCUCUCCCCAACCAACCCAGUCGGCCCCCUCCGCCCCAGGAAGGAAUGUGGAGAUGUGGGAGCCAAAAAUGUGCUUACCUGGGUGUGGUAAAAACUGGAACAAGGGCUGUGGAGAGAAGACAACUUGGGUGUGUGGAUGUGACUGGAGAGUAUCCAUGGAAGGGAAAGAGAAUUUACCCCACUCUGUAGCAGCACCGAUAGAAGGUGGCUCCUCUCCUUAGGGAGCUGAGGAGAACAGAGGGUAGUUAAUUGGUUAAUGGUCACCUUUGGAGGCUUUCUCUACAGGAGACACAAGAGCUUGGCAAGAGAUGGUCCCCGCCCUUCAGCACUUGGGAACUCUGUUCACUGUGGAGAUGACUCCCUGAACCAGGUUUGCACUUGGAUGCUGGGUACAUAGGUUAAAUCUGUCAAUGCAAGAGAGUUUACAGAGAAAGCUGCCGUGAAUAAUGAUUGAGGGUCCAGAGCACUCUGAUCCAAGAGGUGGAGAUAGAUGAGGGGUCCAACCCUGAACUAGUGGAGCUCUUACAGUGUUCUUGGGACCAUAGGACUCUGGGGGGACUCACCCCAGGGGGAGGUUAAAGCUACUGUCCUGGCAUUGUGUGUGUACACACACACGUGUGUGCCCUCAUCCUCACACCCUCAAAGCACAACCGCAGCCCCCUUCGUGUAGAAUUGUUACAAAUGGGCACCAUCUGUGAUUGUGGCAGCUCAGCUGUACCAAGAAGCACUCCCUCGCCCCUUCAACCUGGCGCCUUCCUGUAGCCCGCCUCUUUUCACUGCCUUCCAGAGUUUCUGCAAACCUGCCUAGUUCCAGAUUUAAUCCCACGAACCAUUGCUCCCAGCUGCCUCCUUGUUUGCACCAGGUGCUCGGGAUCAGAGCAAGGUGUAAUGAUCAUUUGUCUAAUGCCACUUACCCAAUCAUUUCUUUCAGAAGUCCCAUCUGUACCCUCCAGGAUGCUCUAGCUCAAAGACCCUUUUAGUUUCUCUGUACGUAUUGGAUUCUUGUCAGAAACACAAGUCCCUGUCUUUUCCUUGGGACAAAGGUCCAAGGUAGACUAGCUCAUAGGCCCUCUCGUGCACACUUCAACAAUGGUCAGAGCCAACAGUGCUGUGUAACUCACCUUUCCUGGUCCUUCUCUCUGUCUCUUCUCCCUGCCCCCUCCCCACCCUCACAUAAUGUCCAUCAUAUAUGUCAGAAAGAUAGUCCAGACAUCUCCAUGUCCUCUCUGGUCCAGUGGCAGUGACUUGCCAAACCUGGUGGAUCAAUGGGUUAUAGAGAGUGGAUUUAGAAAAUCAGGUGAUUUUGGUUACCAGUGGCUCAUCGGUAUGGGCCCUUGCAAGAAAUUAGUGGGUGGAGGGCGGGGGCUUUGUGAUGCGGGAUUCGUGCAGACAGUAAGAAUGGAACCCUUUCAGGUGAACCUGUCCGGUUUUGUCACCUGGUUCAAGGUCUUUCAGUUGUUGGAAGUUUUACCUUUGACCAUGAUACCUCUUGGCUUGGUCUAGUCUUCUUCCUCUGCAGAAUCUGUCUCUAGAUGAACCUCUAGAAGGAGCUUGACUUGGCAGAUGGCCCUAAAUUUCAAGAGUUGGGACCCUGGCCGGUGGUCAGGGAUGGCUUCUUCCAGGCCAGGAACAGAUGGCCGGUGAGCGGGGAAGACUUGCUUUGUCUUGCUCUUGGGAACGUUCAGUCCCCAGGAUUGUUGGUGCUUUAAACUGUCCGAGCCACAUCGUUAGGUGGGAUUUAAGCUAGAGAAAGGAGGGUUGUCUGCCCUUCAGGGGCUGUUCCGUUACUCCCCCUAAUUAGUUUUUUGCUUUUACCCUCUAUUCCUUCCCUGCGAGGAGGAGAUGGAAAGAAAUGUGAUGAUUAAGCUGUAAUCUAAAACAAGGAAGCCCCCCAAGAGUCCCCCUGUGGCCCCCAAAAGCACUGAAGACACCCCCAACCCCUCCCCAAGACGUCUUCCUGCUGACGGUGGCCACCUGGUUACCAGUCAUGCAGAGCUCUGGCGGCUGGGCUGACUCAUUAAGUGUGAGGUUUCCCUUCACUCUGAUACUCUCCAUCUCCCCCAUCAUCCUCUUUGUACCAGAGUGCAGGAGUCGGGGGAAAAACAGAGGCAGCCAGACCUACUGGAGCCCUACUGGAGCCUCUUGUCUUUCCCGAGACCCUCCCCUCCCCUUCUCCAGGAAGAGAGGCAGAGCAGGUUGAAUCCUCUGGAAAUCUACAUGGCUCUUCCCUAGUGACCUUUACACGGAGCAGAAACAGUCUCUGGACUCGGCCUGCUGGAAAUGCCCAGCACUGUGACAAGGUAUUCAUGAUUUUGUCUGUGCAAGCGAACGCUUCAUUUUGGAAUGGGGGCGAGCGGUUUAGAACAGAAUUCCAGAAGCAAAUCUCAGAAGCUUUAGGAUCAGUCCUAGGAUCCAGGUCCCAGAGGCCCCCCAAGGGAAGAUCCCUGUGAUGGCAGGAGGCAGCCAGUGUGUAGGAACCUUGGACUCUGCCUGCCUGAAUAAAGCACAGUGCAAUGGCCCAUGCCAAGCGGGGGACUUGACCUCUCAUUCAUCUUCCAGUGCAUCUUGGGGGACCUAGGGCUGGCAGCCAACCCUCCCCAGAGUCCUGUGAGUGACACACUACGUGACAGUCCCUGCUCAAAAACCUGCAGUUAGUGUCUAGUGGGAGCAUGCAGUGAUACUUUACAUCAUAGUCGCUAACUUCUUGGGUCGUCAGCUGUCAGUCUCUGAGCCAAGGUGUUGAAAACCCUUGGGCUGCAGUUUCAGAGCAUUUUCAGAGACUGUUCCCAGGAAUGCCAAAAUCCAGCAAUCAUUGGCUUGUAUUGUGGGCCUAAUGAAUGCCAAGCACAUGGGAAUGAACAGCAACAACAAAAAAUGAGCCAUUCCCUGUCCAUUAGGAGCCUACAAUCCAAUGACAUUGGCUGAUAUUUCUCCUGUGGCCAAGGGAAAAGAGGGCUGUAAUAAAUUCCUAAAUGCAAAAGAAGGGAAAGGAGCCCUACCUAAGUGCUAAAGGGUGUGGGGAGAGAAGCCACAGGUGCUAAAUUCAGACCAAGUCGGUUCCAUUGCGUGCAAUGCCCUGGGAGAGAAAAACCUUGCUAACCUGCCUAUCCCCACCGACCUUCCUUUACCCCCAUGAUCCUUUGGCUCUGGGCUGCUCCCAGCCCAAUUAGCCUGUGCUCUUUGUGUUCAUUAAUCUCCCUGGCUUCAGUUGCUCAGUGCUCGUGGUUUUUAACAAAGUACUGUAAACAGUUUCUCUUAUUCAUGUGCAUGUACAUUCUCAGAGCUGAAGUAGAUAUGCCAUAUGGUGGGAACAUCUGAUCUCUUUGAUCUCCAGAGCACAAACACCUAUGUUGCUCCAGGCCUGAAAUUUCUUUGUACUCUGCAACCCCUCCCUCUGAAUCCCUGUUUGGCUUGCAUAAAUUGCUUUUCUUAAGACUCAGCAACCCUCCAUGCCACCCACUUUAUCCGUCAUCGCUUGUCAUUCACCCGGGACAGGUGUGUGGGGUGGAGUGCUGCUUCUUGGCUUUGUUCAUAGCCUGGGAUUUUGGUGGAGGGAAAUUGUUCAGGUGCCAAAUAUGCGUAUCUCUAAUGGCUCAUACAUGAGACAGCCAAGGAGGCAGCAUUAGGCCUAAUUUGAGCAAGAGUCUGCCUGGUCAGGAAUUUGCAAGUCCACCCGGCUUAGCCCAAGUCUUACCCCAAGACCCCAACAUCUGAGUGGCGUGAGGCUCGAGGUGCCACUGCACAAGGGUGACACUGUUGCACUUGUCCUGACCGACUCCUGAGUCCCAGCGUGCCAUUGUAACAACAGUCACUGGAACAGACAGGGACACACAAAAGCAUAGUUUGGGAGGGGCAGCAGCUUGGCUACUGCCCCAUUGGACACCGUGACCAAGAAGGUCCCUAAGAGGAGCUUCAGGGACCAGGGGGUGGCAUUUGAAAAUGUCCGGGUUUAGCUUUGCCUUGCCCCCCAGGGCUCACAGUGAGCCAGUGCACGAGCCAAUAAUCACUGAGGAUUUGGGGAUCUGUAUGCUGUUGGGGGGUCUCUUCCCUAGUAAGGUCGGGAGCCUCAAAUCCAGGCUUCCAAAUCAGGAGUAGGCAUGACCAAGCUGAGCCAACAGCGACCCAAAUGUUAUGGGAGCAAAGGGCGGAGGGAAAGGGACCAGAGGACCUGGAGACGAACAUGACCUCUACAGCACCUCUUUUUUCCCCCAGACCGUUGGCUUUAGGAUUGCACCGGGCCGAAUUAUUGAGGUUUUUGAAAAGAGAGGGAAUGGAGGGGGAAAGGGUGCGUGAGAAGCCCAAUGGUAGGUCUCACCUGAGCUGCUUCUGUGUACGAAAAGGCACAAAGUUUGGGUUUCUGGUCCCUCCCUGUGGAGCAAUAGUUGAGUGUCAAGUCUGACUGCCCUCUUGGGGCUUCUGGGAAGGGCCAACCCAAUCUGGUGGAUGGAGUCCGGGGACAGAAAGGGUGUGUUCUUGAAUCGCGCUUUAUCAAAGGUUUUUGCACUUUAAGGCGGGCACUGGAGUGCCUUCUCACGUCCCUUUCCACUGGUUGGGGACCAGGGGGAGUCCACACCUGUACGGGUGCUGGUAAGAAUGGGUUCACGGGCAAAGGUCUGCUUUCUCCUGCUGGUACCGGUGGGAGGGACCACUGAAGAAAUAAGCCAGUCAUGGUUCAAGGAGCUCCAAGAUGGAAAGAUUGACAAUAGUGAUAAAGCUUCCCUGCUCCAUCUUCCUCCUCCACCUCUGUGCCUCCAGUUUCUUCCUGCCCACAAAGUGGACAAAGAUUACAAUGCUAUCACUGAAGUGGGGCAGGGAGCGCUGGAGGGAUGGGAGAAAAUGAGAGAUGGAAAUAUGAGAAGGAAAUCACUAACUAGGCUAAAUAAGCAGAAAAUGUGCUGGGAUCGAAGGCCACUGGCCAUUACAUCGUGUCCUCUGGUAACUUGUUGAUCUUUCCCAAACCCUUGGGUUUUAUUGAACACUUGGAAAUGUUGGUGAUGAAAUCCUAUCUGCUUAGAUCUUUUCCUAUUUUUCCAUUCCAAAUCCUAGGAUGUAAAUGUGACAGGAAAAGACUGUUGCUCUGUCCAUAUACUGUACCAUGGUUUCUGUUAGGUUACCAAAGCGGUUUUGCUCUCUCUGCAUAUCCAUGCAUAUCAUUUUGUCUGUGCUGGACCUAAGUCUUGUUGCGGUUAUCUGCAGACCUUACUUUUUCAUGUCCCGAGUGUAACUGUUAAGGGAUUGAUGUGUUCUGUAUCACAGUUGUACAAUUUUGUGAUCCAUGGUGUAAUUAUUUGCAAACUAAUGUCCUGAACUGAGUAAAUCUCAAGGUUGAAGAAGGUUGUGAUAGAAUCUAAGAUGUUGCUGUUUUUGUUUGGGGGGUUGGAAAUAAAACAAUAUCAUUUUGACUGUCAGAAGGGGAAAAAAUAAAAUAAAUUAUCUCAAACAGCAAACCA